GUGAGACGUUCCGCGAAAAAAGCCUGUCAGCAUUUCUAAAAGUCAGCUUUGAGUUUUGCGUCAUUUCGUGUGCCCAACGAAACUAGCUUCGUUUGUAUUUUGAGAAGGUGAAAAACGAGAACAGACGCGCUUCUACACUCAGUUGGUCUUAUUUUUAAUAGUGUCAAUACGGAAACUCAACUAGUUGAAAAGGAUCCACUGCCCUGCGCUGUUGUUUUAGCUGACAUACCACCAAGUCCGGAGACCAGCGCCCGGUUGCGUUGGUAUUAGAAUACCUGUCACAAGCGAAGUUUGCCUCUUCCGAAUAGCAGAUAUCGGGUGGUGGUAGUCGAUAGCAUGCAUAUCUCUCCCGUAUGCGUGUAUCUGCUGCUACUCGUCAACUUCGCCUACUCAGGGCGAGUUAUGAGAAAGAUGAAGGAGUACGUGCAUCGUGCCCAACACCAGAGGGCGAAAGAACAUCUGUUGAUGCGCGCCACUUCGGGAAAAGCGCACGUGAACGACAUCAAGGAGGGCGUUAUCCACCAACCGCUGGACCACUUUGCCGGCCAAAGCUCUGAGACCUUUCCACAAAGAUAUUUUAUUAAUGAGGAGCACUGGGAUCGUCCAAAUGGUCCAGUGUUCCUGUACAUAGGAGGAGAGGCGGCCAUCUCCACGUACAGUGUCAUGACAGGUCACCAUGUGGCCAUGGCGGAGGAGCACCGGGCCCUACUGGUGGCCCUGGAGCACAGGUUCUAUGGGACGAGCAUCAACCCAGAUGGCCUACAAACAAAAAAACUGAGCUACCUGCGCAGCCAAAAUAAUCUGGCGGACCUGGUGGCUUUUCAUCAGUUCAUCAGCCAGACGUACGGCCUGUCCCACAAAAACACCUGGAUCAGCUUCGGAGGCUCUUACCCCGGCUCUCUGUCCGCCUGGUUCCGCGGGAAGUUUCCUCACCUGAUAUACGGAGCUGUGGCUUCUUCUGCCCCCAUUAAAGCCAAGCUGGACUUCUCCACCUACAACAAGGUGGUCGGUGAAAGUCUGAUGAAUGAAGCUGUCGGAGGCUCAGAAAAGUGUUUGGGCACAGUUCGGGAAGCCUUUGCUGCUGUAGAGGCCAAGCUCCUGGGGGGCAAUCAGACGCAGGUGGGGAAGGACUUUGGCAGCUGCAAGCCGCUGGAGCAGCCGGAGGACCAGACAGAGCUCAUGCAGGGCCUGGCUGACAUCGUCAUGGGGACCGUACAGUAUGACAGAGAGGGGGCGCCGCUGACCAUCGAAAGGCUCUGCACCAUCAUCACCAAUGCGAGCGAGGCGUUCAAACAGGAGGAGGAGGCUUAUGACAGGCUGGUCAAACUUGUCAAGGUCUACCAGGACAGGGCCGGGGAAUCGUGCCUGCAGACCUCCUUCGCGCAGAGCGUUCAGGAGCUGAAUGACACCACCGUGAAGCCCAGCGGUGUCGGCGUGCGCCAGUGGCUUUACCAGACCUGCACCGAGUUCGGCUACUACCAGACUUGUGAGAACGCCAGCUGCCCCUUCUCCCGCAUGCUGACCCUGCAGGCUCAGACAGUACUCUGCCCCCUGCUGUUUGGGGUGUCUCAGAGCAGCCUGGCCUCAAACGUCGCGUUCACCAACAAGUACUACGGCGGAGACCACCCGCUAACGCACAGGGUGCUGUACGUCAACGGGGACAUCGACCCCUGGCACGCACUGAGCAUGCUCCGCAAUGGCACCGCGAAGGCGGAUAAGGACAGAGCGAUCCUCAUCGGGGGCACCGCCCACUGCGCCGACAUGAGCUCCGCCCGCUCCGGGGACCCGCCCACCCUCACAGAGGCGCGCCGGGAGAUUGAGAUGCAUGUCGCCAGUUGGCUGAAGAGCGCCACUUGGGAGCACCUGUAAUGGGCGUCAUGGCAACCCGCACCGGGCUGCCUGAUCACGUACCCAAUGAUCUGAGUGACUGCAAGGCUUGAACCGCUGCAACUACACCAACCCACACCCUUCCCCAUUACCCACAUCCUGCAACACCCCACUCUCCAACCCACACCCUUCCCCAUUACCCACAUCCUGCAACACCCCACUCUCCAACCCACACCCUUCCCCAUUACCCACAUCCUGCAACACCCCACUCUCCAACCCACACCCUUCCCCAUUACCCACAUCCUGCAACACCCCACUCUCCAACCCACACCCUUCCCCAUUACCCACAUCCUGCAACACCCCACUCUCCAACCCACACCCUUCCCCAUUACCCACAUCCUGCAACACCCCACUCUCCAACCCACACCCUUCCCCAUUACCCACAUCCUGCAACACCCCACUCUCCAACCCACACCCUUCCCCAUUACCCACAUCCUGCAACACCCCACUCUCCAACCCACACCCUUCCCCAUUACCCACAUCCUGCAACACCCCACUCUCCAACCCACACCCUUCCCCAUUACCCACACCCUGCAACCCCCCACUCUCCAACCCACACCCUUCCCCAUUACCCACAUCCUGCAACACCCCACUCUCCAACCCACACCCUUCCCCAUUACCCACAUCCUGCAACACCCCACUCUCCAACCCACACCCUUCCCCAUUACCCACAUCCUGCAACACCCCACUCUCCAACCCACACCCUUCCCCAUUACCCACAUCCUGCAACACCCCGCUCUCCAACCCACACCCUUCCCCAUUACCCACAUCCUGCAACACCCCACUCUCCAACCCACACCCUUCCCCAUUACCCACAUCCUGCAACACCCCACUCUCCAACCCACACCCUUCCCCAUUACCCACACCCUGCAACCCCCCACUCUCCAACCCACACCCUUCCCCAUUACCCACAUCCUGCAACACCCCACUCUCCAACCCACACCCUUCCCCAUUACCCACAUCCUGCAACACCCCACUCUCCAACCCACACCCGCCCCAACAACUCCACACCCUGCAACACCCCACCCACCAAAUCACACCCUGCCCCAGCUAAUCCACACCCUGCAACACCCCACCCGCUGACCCACACCCUGUCCAAACCACCCACUCCAAUCCAAAACCUGCACUCCACUCCCCACACCCUGCCAAAAUACCCACUCCAACCCUCACCCCACCCCGCCCAAAAUACCCACUCCCUCCCACACAAAGCAGGAAUGAUAUUAAUAGUUGAGAGGCUGGCUAUUGUUCUCAUCGUCAUGGUUGCUAGUUUAUCACACAGAGGCAGCCCCACGGAGGUCCCAGCCUGUGCUGUUAUUCCUUGUGUUACAUCACCUUUAUCAUGACUUAGGCUGAACUUUUUCCAUCUCAUCAAAAAGAAACAGCCUUCUCCCUGAUCAUGGUUCGGUAUGUUUUCACAGGAUUAAGUGGUGAACCCAAGCUUGUAAUCGUAUUUCAACAUUUCAGACAGUGCUUGGUGAUGUUUCUGCUACACCACAAAAAACAGAUUUAGUCCAAGCAUUCCUCAAAUCAGUUUUUAUUUGGAUGUUGUCAUAUCAAAGCCAUAAUAUGCAAAUGCUGGGAUAAGCAUGGGGAAUAGCAACUUUAAAGACUUUAGCAGCAACAUAAUCUCUGUCAAACCAGCCUGGUCAGCCUGCAAAAACACAAUGGCAACACACUGGAGCAUCAGCAGUCAUUUCCAGUACAGCACCAUGAGUGAAGUACAUAUAGUUGAAACCUUAUAGUUGCAGCUGAAGCCAUACAGAUCUGUUUGAAUUCCAUGGUAAUCAUCCUACAUGCAGUGCCGAUGUUGGGGGACAUUUGUUGUGCCAUUUAAAGAAGCAUAGUGAGCAUAGAACAAUUCAGGUUUAGGUAAAUAUUCCAUAUUCCAACAUUCUCCAGUGUGUUAACCUGCCCCCCCCCCCC